CGGGCCGGGCCGGGCCGGCGGGCCGGGUGAUGGCGCUGCUGGACCUGGCCCUGGAGGGAAUGGCCGUCUUUGGGUUUGUCCUCUUCCUGGUGCUGUGGCUGAUGCAUUUCAUGGCCAUCAUCUACACCCGAUUACACCUCAACAAGAAGGCAACCGACAAACAGCCAUAUAGCAAGCUCCCAGGUGUCUCUCUUCUGAAACCGCUGAAAGGGGUAGAUCCUAACCUAAUCAACAACCUGGAAACGUUCUUUGAAUUGGAUUAUCCCAAAUAUGAAGUACUCCUUUGUGUACAAGAUCAUGACGAUCCAGCUAUUGAUGUCUGUAAGAAGCUUCUUGGAAAAUAUCCAAAUGUUGAUGCUAGAUUGUUUAUAGGUGGCAAAAAGGUCGGCAUUAACCCUAAAAUCAAUAAUUUGAUGCCAGGAUAUGAAGUUGCAAAGUAUGAUCUUAUAUGGAUUUGUGAUAGUGGAAUAAGAGUAAUUCCAGACACACUAACUGACAUGGUUAAUCAAAUGACAGAAAAAGUGGGCUUGGUUCACGGCCUGCCUUAUGUAGCAGACAGGCAGGGCUUUGCUGCUACAUUAGAACAGGUGUAUUUUGGAACUUCCCAUCCCAGGUCCUAUAUCUCUGCCAAUGUAACUGGUUUCAAAUGUGUGACAGGAAUGUCUUGUCUAAUGAGAAAAGAUGUGUUAGAUCAAGCAGGAGGGCUUAUAGCUUUUGCUCAGUACAUUGCUGAAGAUUACUUUAUGGCCAAAGCAAUAGCUGACAGAGGUUGGAGGUUUGCCAUGUCCACCCAAGUUGCAAUGCAGAACUCUGGCUCAUAUUCAAUUUCGCAGUUUCAGUCCAGAAUGAUCAGGUGGACCAAAUUACGAAUUAACAUGCUUCCUGCUACAAUCAUUUGUGAGCCUAUUUCAGAAUGUUUUGUUGCCAGUUUAAUUAUUGGAUGGGCAGCCCACCAUGUAUUCAGAUGGGAUAUUAUGGUAUUUUUCAUGUGUCAUUGCCUCGCAUGGUUUAUAUUUGACUACAUUCAACUCAGGGGUGUCCAGGGUGGCACACUGUGUUUUUCAAAACUUGAUUAUGCAGUUGCUUGGUUCAUCCGUGAAUCUAUGACAAUAUACAUUUUUUUGUCGGCAUUAUGGGACCCUACUAUAAGUUGGAGAACUGGUCGCUACAGGUUACGCUGUGGAGGUACAGCGGAAGAAAUCCUGGAUGUAUAACUACAGCUUUGUGACUGUAUAUAAAGGAAAAAAGAGAAGUAUUAUAAAUUAUGUUUAUAUCAAUGCUUUUAAAGAUCUACCUUCAGUAGUUUUAUCACAUGUAUGUUUUGGUAUCUGGUCUUUAAUUUAUUUUGCAUGGCACUUGCAUCUGUGGAAAACAAACAAACAAAACACAUCUGUAAUCUUGGCCAAAUCACUUUAUUUUGUGGAAGUAGAGGAUCAAGAGAAUCGGUUCUAGGAACCUGGGAUUGUUUUCUUUGUCGUCGUCCGUUUAUUUUUUUAAAUAAAUACAUACAUAUAUAUAUAAAUGCUCUGCAACAAACACUGACAGUAUCCUUCAGUAGAGAAAGUUUCUUAUUGGUGAGUACACUCGUAGCGCACGUGUGGGCAGGACGGCAGCUGCUUUGUUUGGGGGCUUAGAAAAGACUACAGGUAACGACUUUCCACGUCUCGAGUGACUGGUGUGGUGCAGUGCACAAGCCACCGAGAGGUACUAACUGAGAAACUUUUUCAUGCUUUAUGCCUACCUCUUGUAGUUGUUGCAGAGCAAAUAUAAAUUGUAAUAAGGUAGCUAGGCCUUGCAAAAACAAAUGGAAAAACUUUUAAAAAAUAAUAAUAAAAAGAGCUAGAGUCUAGUAUUUAUAUGAAUCUGUGAGAGAUUUUUUUUUUUUUUUCCUUUGGUCUCACUGCAAUGAAACCAAAAGUGGCUAAGUUUUGGUUUUUAAUCGUAGCCAUGUAUCGAAGGCAUCUUUUUGAUCACCUCUUGUUGGUUCCAUCUUGAACCAUUGUUAAUCACUGUGCUGUAAUUAGUGUAGCUAUAAUAAAUCUUGCCUUUCCUGCUCCUCCUCCGACCCACCCCCAUCUUCCUUCACUCUUUUUCAGGGAGGGUUGGGAGUGGUUUUGUUUUAGUGUGAGUGGAUGUUUUGAUAGUUUAUGAGGAAAAAUGCAUUUCAGACACAUUUCACACAUGAGCUAUUUUCUUACACAGUAUGUCUUAUUGUUAAUAAGAAUGUAAUUUCAUGAUACAGGUAUUUAAUAUCUUUUUUAAGUCAGUAAAUAUUGUAGCCAUCAAUUUAAAAAAAAAUUGCAGUAGAGUAUUAAGAGGGGACAGGAUAAGUUUUACUCUUAAAAUUAAUCAGUAUCAAACUAAGUCUCCUGUGUGUGUGUUUUGUUUUUCGUUUUUGUUUUUUACUAUUACAGUCUAGUCUUAUUUAAAUUGGAUUUUUAUAUUCCAGUUUGUAUGACAAAAUAGACUAGAUCCGCGCUGGUUGUCAAUGCAUGCUCUACUUCUCUCUCUCUCCGUGCCGCUAAAUUUGCUCGUCAGGUUGUGCUAAUUUGUGGUGAACUGGACUUGUUUUUAUUUUUUUUUUUUUCAACAAACAAGCAAAAAUGUAAGGGACAGUGCAUAAGCCUUUUUUCUUUCUCUCUCUCUCUCUCUCUUUUUAAUAGUGGUAUUCUGCUUUCUCUUCAGAAUCAGAUGGCAUGUUGGCCACAUGAAUGCCUCCCGCAGGACUAACACUGGCAAUGUGGCAGCUUUAAAUUCUAAGUUAUACCAUCUCCAUGGCAAAGCAUAAUGUGUAGCAUAUUAGCAAUAACUAUAUACUUACAGAAAACAAACACUUUCUCACUCUACUGAGCCAAUUCAUUUAAUGACUAAAGACAUGGUUUAAAUUGCAAUAUCUCUCUACGUGUGUAUACGCCAGGUAUACACAUUGUAUUUAAGCUUUUCUCUGGGCCAAACUGCCUCAUCCAUUUCUUUUUUUCUUUUGCCUAAUGAUAAAUUUGUUUGAAGGGCAUUUUCUUCCUGAACAAAGGCUUGGCCGCAUAUUCCUUUCUUUAUGUGAAAUGGGGAGGAUUGUUCCCUGAGGAAAGUCACGCAGUGAAAACCAGUCUAGUUGUGACCCACUACAUGUUUCUUCUCUUUUUUAAUCGCUAUUAUGUGAGUUGAAUUGUGCCUAGCAUGUCUGUAAUUUGUUGAUACAUUUAACGAAGUUUGGUUGAUGCCAUCAUUCUCAUUGCUGCAGUGAAACCUUGCUUAUUACUUAGCUUUUUGCUGAUCUCAGUAUGGGCAACGUAACAGCAAAACCAAAAUGGCUGGACAGACUUCUCGUGUUUUGUAAAUAUUUAAAAAAAAAAAAAAA